UCCAAUCGAAGACAGAGGUUACAUUGGAAGCAAAGACGACAGCAGAAGAAGAUGAAGAAACCACUAAUCAUCUCCAUGAUCGUUUUCGCCUUUCCACUAUCUUUAUUGCUCAAUCUGAAGCUAAACAGAAUGACAUGGAGAUACCACAAUCAGUUUUCGUUUGCGUAUCGAAUUUAGACUUCAAGUUUGCCGGAUUCUGGAUUAUGGCGUUGAAAUCCACACCACUUGUUAGCCAGGAGAGUUCAGCAGCUCUCGAGUUUUAUCACAACCAAUUAAAACUGAGAUUACUCAAUGAAACUGACUCAAGUAUCUAUCAACGUGCUGAUUGGCUAGUCAAUAAGCUGGUUACCAAAAUACACUCCUCCUUCUGCCUCGACGAGUAUGAGGGUAAAGAUGAUUUUUCACGCUAUUGGAAGGAUGAAUGGACUAGUGGUUUAACUGCUUGGGGAAAUUCAAGAACAAUCCCGAACACUGAUGUUAUCACAGAAGGUGAAUGGGUCAAAGUUAUUGACCAACACGAUCGAGACAUAGCUCAUGUUAUAAGGAACCCAGGCUCAGAGUAUGAAGUAUGCAACUGUGAUUGGGGAGAGAAGGGCAAUUUGUGUGAGCAUGUUUGUAAAGCUAUUCAAUAUUGCCGCGAAAAAGGUUCCGUUUUGCCAUCUCUCAGCCUACUGCAGUAUAAUCAAGGUUUGAUCAAUAUUCUCAACUAUUCAUCAAGGUUCUGUACUGGUGCAGUUCACAAUAAUAUGUAUAUAUACAUAUACAUAUUAUUCUAGUCUUCUGUUUAUUGUAGACGAAUUGUAAAUAUGUGUGGGUAUCUACAUUUUAAAAUAUUAUAAUAAUGAAGUUGAUGAAUGAUAAUGACUAGUGUUUUAGGGAUAUUUGGAUGUAUAGUUGGACUCAAGUUACUUCUUUGUAAAAAGCUAAUAUAGAGUACCGAAUAUAAUGAUGACUGUUUAGUUAGUUCACUGAUUCUAAUACUAGCUUUCCAAGUUUCAACAAGGACAAGAAAGAUUUGAUCUUGAAAGAAAUGAUUCAGUGGGUCAACCAAGAAGGGUUUUUUCCGAUUAGAACUUGCAUUCAGAGCACACAGGAUUGUACCUCCCGCCGAGUGUUGGAAGCUAUAUGGGAAAGGUACACCAAAUCUUCAGCAAUUUGCAAUUAAGGUGUUAAGUUUAACAUGUAGUGCAUCAGGCUGUGAAAGGAACUGGAUCACCUUGGAGCAUAUACAUUCCAAGAAAAGAAACAAGCUUGAGCAUAUGAAGUUACAAGAACUGGUCUAUGUUAAGUACAACAAAAUGCUUCAGAAUCGUCGUGACAAAAAUGUUGACUUUGAUCCAAUAUCACUAGAUGAUAUUGAUGAUAGCAGUGAGUGGCUGACAGGAAUAAUGGAGGAAGAUCAUGUUCAUGAUGGUGAGGAUUUAACAUGGACAAUGGUUGGAGAGGCAAGUGGGGCAGGAGACCCCUAUAUAAGAACCAGGUCUUCUCAACCGUCAACUUCAAGACCAUCAACUUCAAGGCCAUCAACUUCAAGACCUGCUGGAUUUGGAAAUUUACUUGAUGAGGAUUUCAUGAAAAACGAUAAUACCCCAAUUGAUGUUGACAGUAUCCAAGAUGAUUCCGAUUAGUUUACAUUCUUAUGUUUUUAACUAUUUGCUUUAAGUAUUUGUGUUUUCAAUUUACAAACACUUUGUUAUGUUUUGAACAAUUUGGUUCAAGUAUUUGUGUUUUCAAUCUACAAACACUUUGUUUUUAAGCUUAUGGUUGAAUUGGAUAUUGCUUUGUGAA